AUCUUUUGAGACUUGUAUAUGCAAUAAAUUUAAAAUAAAGCAUUAUUUCUAAUUAUGUCAAAAUUAAUUUAAAAACCACAUUACAAAAAAAAAAAUAGUUUACUUUAGAAAAAUUAGAUAAAAUCUAAAAAAAAGGGGUAAUUAAAGUUAAACAAAAUAGAAAAUAAUUAUUUUCUUCUAAUUUGUAUUGAAAAAAAAUGAAAGUUUCUCUAAUUUUUUAUUUAUUAAAAUUGAAAGUAUUAAUGCUUUUGAUAUAUUUUUCUAAUGCGCAAUUUUGGUCAGAAAUAAAUUAUUUUAACGAAACGGGAAUCGAUCAUUUUUUUUCUUGUUCGGCGAAUAAAAAAUGUGUUAAACUGCAUAAUUGUCCAGAUUUAUUGGAUUUAAUGCAACAGCAAGCACUUCCUGUUUCAAGAUUACGAUCCUUAAUUUGUGGAUACACCGAAUCAAGCCUCAAAGUGUGUUGUGAUCGACCUGAAGGUUUAGUUGAUGCAAUUUCUGAUUUGGAAUCAUCUCCAUAUCCAGUCUGGAAUCUUCAAUGUGGGCAGAGUUUAAUUAGGAGCAAUGUAGAAACUUUAGGAAGUUAUCCAUUCGCUGUACUCGUUAGUUUCGUUAAUACUGUUAAUAGAGCAGUGAUUUAUCCCUGCGUUGGUACAAUAAUAAAUGAAAGAACUAUUUUAACAACAGCUACAUGUGCAUUGGCCACUUAUGGAAACUUUCAAUUGCACUCGGUGGUAGUUGGUGAAUUUGAUAUUUCAAUGGAUCCUGAUUGUAAUGCAUUAUUUUGUAGCCACGAAGCUCGACAUUAUCCAAUAUCGUAUGUUAUUAAAUAUCCCAGUUUUGAAUCUGAUACUUAUACAAAUAAUAUUGCUCUUUUACGUUUAACGACUUCCAUUGAGUUUACAGUGACGGCACAGCCUAUAUGUCUUCCUCCUGACCAAUUAAUUGUCAACGAUGGAAAAAUAGGCACUGUUAUUGGAUGGGGAAAAUUGUCUUUGCAAAGAGAUAAGCCUUCAAUUCAGCAAUUAUUGAGAAUGAAAUUAAUACCUAUUCAAGAAUGUUCACAAUAUCUAAAUCGAGGAUUGUCAGUUGAAUUUUGUGCAAAAGGAGAACAAGAGCCAUGUUCUGGUUAUAGUGGUGCUCCAUUUAUUACUAGAGAAGGCGAUAAUUAUUUUCUGAUUGGAAUAGUGUCCCAUGGAUCAGAUUGUGAUGCACAGACAAGUGCACCGACAGUUUUUAUCAAUAUUCAAAAAUAUAUUGAUUGGAUUAGAAGCAAUUUUUAAAUAAUAUAAAGAAAAAAUUUACUAUUUUUUAAAUUAAUUAUAGAGGAUAAUAAAUAACAACAAUUUAGAUUAUA